AUGUCACGCCACAUAUUGUCCAGAAUACCUCCAAAACUUCGAGAUAUAUUUAGAGUAUAUGAAUGUCUAAGCAAAGCAUACCGUAAUGCACAGAAUAUGGAGAUCAAAGAUCAUCUUCGAAAUACCGGUCCAGCAAUGUUCAUGCAACAUCUUUGGCGAAUGAACGUCACUAAUGAACACGAUAAGAUUCACAAUAGUGCUGAUUUCCCUCCGCUUAUCAGUGAGCUAAUAUCCCCAUUAUUCGAAGAGCGAGAAUCCAAAUCUCUGAAAGUAUGUUUUAACGAUUUAGAUUCAGGAUCUUUAAUUAGCUCUCGAAAUCAUUCUUUUAAACAUUUUACAGAUUACCAAGCGAAAAUCUUGCUAAAUUUUGCAUCUACUUUGUCACCAUAUACACAUGUUCCUCAGGUCAGGUCCACUAUCAAUUCAUUCAGGUGGUAUAAGCGAUUGCUAGCCAACACACCCAUGAUCUUCUUCUUGAAGCAGAAACAGAAGCUUAUGUCAGAACAUAGUCUCCUCUCAUGCAAUCCUCCAUAUGAAAUGCUACGUGCUGGUAUUACUGAGUUGUCUGGGAAGUAUUCUAACAGUGAGGAUUACGUUAAGAGGACUAAGAAUUAUUAUUUCACAGAUUUAGCCUCCAGCGAUUUAUUUCGCAUUGCUCUUGCCUCAAGAGAAGAUAGUUAUCUCCACACACUUGGAUCUAAGAUGUCCUAUUCAAAUGACAAAUUGAGUGAUCAAAUUUCAGUUCUGCAAAAGCCUCUUGUCGUUGAUAAGCAUGGAGUUGAAGUUGAAGAAGAUGAACUUGCAGCAUUUAUGGACACAUUGCCAAUGACUUCAUUAGCAGAUGAAGUGGCAAAGAUUAACAUUUUCGAUGAUGUGCAUAGCUUUUUCCCAUAUGAUGUUGUCUACAACGAUGUUUACAUGAUAACAAUUGAACCUCCAAUCAUUGAAGACAGGCACGAUGAUCUUCUUCAGUUCAUUCGUUCUCAAGAUGAUUUUGAUGUCUUUGCUAUCAGGUUAUCUUCAAGGUUUCCGUUAUCAAAACCUUUUGAGCAAUUGUUGACGAAUACCAACUAUAUGACAAAGAAUUUCAAUGCCACAUACGAAGAUCUUUUAACUUGGGCUCAAACACAUCAUGAAAGUGAGAAUUCAAACGAAAGUGGGGUUUCGCAUUUAAUCCGGACAAUCGGCGAGUGGGGUCUUGUCGAAGUUGCUGAGUCGUCGGAUGGAGAUAGUUUGUAUCUAACCAAACAAUAA